ACUAUGUGAGCUAGAUUUAGUUUUGCUCAUGUAGCCAUGAUGACAACUCUGACUGUAAGGUUGUGCUUUAUUGCUGUUUUGGCUGCCUACAGCGUUCAAGGAUCAGCCCCUGCGAUGGAGAAUGGUUUUGUAAAGAUGAAAAAGGGGGAAAAUUUUACCAUGAAGUGCAACACGGACGACAAUGAAAAAGAUAAUUUAGGACUAUAUGCACGACUCCCAGGCAAGCAUGUAGUGGGGGUCUAUGACAAACAAACUAACAAUGUUACUCUCAGUAAGGAGUACAGAGAAAGAGUGAAAAUCAGUGGCCCCAUACAGAAAGUAACUAUGACGAUUAGUGACCUGCAGCUGAAAGACUCUGGACUGUACAUAGGUCUGUAUAAGAAAUAUGAUGUGGAUAAAAAAGAAGAAGUAAAAGAAGAAGGAUGCAGCAUUCUCCUGUUUGUCAAUGAUGUGGAUAAGACAUAUGUCCAAAAAUCAACUGGUAAAGAGUCAUCUGCCAUGUCUGAGCCACUGGUACUCAUCUCUGUCCUGACUGCAUGCACUAUGCUUGUAGUGUUUUUCCUGGUGAUGUGGGUGUUAGCACCCAAGGUGAAGGCCAGAUGUGUGAAUCAGGCAGAUGAUGCAUCAAGAGAAUAUAACCCAGUCUAUGAGGAUAUGCACCGUGUGAAUAAUAAAUAAGAUGAUCUUUUUUUCCCCCCACUUUGUUAAAAAAUUUAAUGGUUGUUUAUUUUGUCAUUACUGAAAUGCUCAAGAAUGCUUUUAAGCUUGCCUGCCGUUCUUGCAUAAAAAUGUUAAGAUUAUUCUGGCAUUUAUGUUUUUAUUUACUGUCAUGUUUGUAAUAUUUUAACUGAAAUAAAAUAUAAUGUGGUAG